AUGUCCGAGCCCUACAACUUUGAGCACUUUGACGGCGCCUCAGACUACGGUGCAGCCAACUUGGAAUACUCCUAUCCAAAUGGCGGCUCCUUCCCUCAUGGCCAAUCCAAUGGUCAAAAGCAGUUCAAGCAUUCCUCGAGCAAUGACCGCAAACAGCUCGACCUAGACCUAGACCUUGAUGCAAUCAGCGACCUGCACAUCACCGAUCGUGGUCUCGACUCUUCACGCCAUCAUGCCCACUCUCAUCCCGAUGCCACCUCUUCUUCACACCAAUCCACUGCCGCUCAUCAACACGACUUUGCUACGCUCUCGGAUGCCGGCAUCUCAGAAGAGGCGGAUCCAGCUUUGCUGCAGAACCUUCCAGAGCAUGCCUGCGCCUACUGCGGCAUCUUCAAUCCAGCAUGCGUAGUCAAGUGUCUCAUCUGCAACAAGUGGUUCUGCAACUCGCGCGGCUCCACUUCCGGCUCUCACAUCGUCAACCAUCUCGUCCGUGCCAAGCACAAGGAGGUGUGCCUCCACGCCGAAUCGCCGCUCGGCGAGACCACGCCCGAGUGCUACAACUGCGGAGCCAAGAACGUCUUUCUUCUCGGCUUCAUUCCAGCGAAGAGCGAGACCGUCGUUGUCCUUCUCUGCCGUCAGCCUUGUGCCGCCAUGUCCAACUCCAAAGACGUCAUCUGGGACACCACCCAGUGGUCGCCCCUCAUCGAGGACCGAUGCUUCCUCACUUGGCUCGUCAAGGUUCCCUCCGAGCACGAGCAGCUGCGUGCACGCCCCGUCACCUUGCAACAGAUCAACCGUCUCGAAGACCUUUGGAAGGACAACGCUAGCGCCAGUCUUGACGAUCUCGACAAGCCCGGCGUUGAGGAGGAACCCGAUAGCGUCCUCCUCAAGUACGAAGAUGCCUACCAGUAUCAGAACAUCUUCGGUCCCUUGGUCAAGAUGGAGGCGGACUACGACCGCAAACUCAAAGAAUCCCAGACGCAGCAGGACCUCGUCAUCCGUUGGGAUCAGGGUCUCAAUCAGAAGAAGAUCGCAUGGAUGAUGCUUCCCAAACUCGAGAGUGGAGAGGUCCGUCUGGCUGUCGGUGAUGAACUCAAGCUCCGCUACCGAGGCGAACUGGCUCCACCUUGGGAAGGCGUCGGCCACGUCAUCAAGAUUCCCAACAACGUCUCGGACGAGGUGGCGCUCGAGCUCAAGAGAGCCGACGGCGUACCCGAUCACUGCACCCACAACUUCUUUGCCGACUUUGUGUGGAAGGCCACCUCCUUCGACCGCAUGCAGAGCGCCAUGAAGACGUUUGCUGUCGACGAGCAGAGCCUCAGCGCCUACAUCUACCACAAGCUUCUCGGCCACGACGUUGAGAAUACCACGUUGCGAACCACCAUGCCGAAACGCUUCAGUGCUCCCGGCCUGCCCGAACUCAACCACAGCCAAGUCAAUGCGGUCAAGAGCGUCCUUCAGAAACCGCUCAGCCUGAUCCAGGGUCCUCCCGGUACCGGAAAGACGGUCACCUCGGCUACCAUCGUCUACCAACUCAGCAAGAUGAACCCCGGUCCCGUCCUGGUCUGCGCACCUUCCAACGUCGCCGUCGAUCAGCUCACUGAAAAGAUCCACAAGACCGGCCUCAAGGUGGUUCGUCUCACCGCCAAGAGCAGAGAGGCGCUCGACAGCCCCAUCAGCUUCCUCACCCUCCACGAGCAGGUCGCCAACAACGAUACCAACAUCGAACUGCAAAAGCUCAUCCAGCUCAAGAACGAACAAGGCGAGCUCAGCAGCAGCGAUGAGCGCAAGUACAAGGCGCUCACCCGUGCCUGCGAAAAGGAGAUUCUCAGCACCGCCGACGUCAUCUGCUGCACCUGCGUCGGAUGCGGCGACCCUCGUUUGGCCAAGAUCAAGUUCCGAACGGUGCUGGUCGACGAAGCCACGCAGGCGGCGGAACCGGAGUGUAUGAUCCCGCUCGUGAUGGGCUGCAAGCAGGUUGUCUUUGUCGGAGACCACCUCCAGCUUGGUCCCGUCAUCAUGAACAAAAAGGUCGCGCGCGCAGGCGCAAGCCAGAGCCUUUUCGAGCGCCUCAUCAUGCUCGGCAAUCGGCCCAUCCGACUGCAGGUGCAGUACCGUAUGCAUCCUUGCCUCUCGGAAUUCCCUUCCAACAUGUUCUACGAAGGCACGCUGCAGAACGGUGUCACGGCGCCAGAACGCUUGCGCAAAGAUGUCGACUUUCCCUGGUCCGUGCCGUCGCUGCCCAUGCUCUUCUUCCAGAACCUGGGUCAAGAGGAGAUCUCGAGCAGCGGUACUUCGCUCCUUAACCGCACCGAGGCUUCCAACGUCGAAAAGAUUGUGACGCGCUUCUUCAAAGCUGGUGUCAAGCCAUCGCAAAUCGGUAUCGUGACCCCCUACGAAGGUCAGAGGAGCUACAUUGUCAACCACAUGCAGCUGCACGGCUCGCUCAAGAAGGAGCUGUAUAAGGACGUCGAAGUGGCCAGCGUCGAUGCGUUCCAAGGUCGAGAGAAGGAUUACAUCAUUCUCAGCUGUGUGCGUAGCAACGAGCACCAAGGCAUUGGCUUCCUGAGCGACCCGCGACGACUCAAUGUGGCGCUCACCCGUGCCCGAUUUGGUCUGGUGAUCCUCGGCAACCCCAAGGUGCUCAACAAGCAUCCUCUGUGGCACUAUCUAUUGAUCCACUACAAGGAAAAGGGAUGCCUGGUCGAGGGAGUGCUCUCAAACCUGCAGCCGAGCAUGAUGCAGUUCCCCAAGCCACGUCGACCGUUGCAGAAGCCCGGCGACCUCAUGGCACGCCACCGUCACGAUCUGAUCGGCGGCGACGGCUAUGGCGCGUCUCGUAGCGGGCGAUUGCCGGAUGCAGGUGCAGGUGGAGGGUCUAGUCAGCUCGGCUUCUUUCGCACGCAUGAUCCCAUGUCGUACAUUCCGAGCGACGCUCAAAGCGUCACAAGUCUUGGCACACAGGCGACGUAUCCUUCGGCGCAUCUUUCGAUGGGCGGCAUGCAGGGCCCGUACGCCAGCAGCAUCGUGAGCCAAGACGUCGACACGGAGAGCUUGGCGGGUAGCACCGCACCAUCGGCCAGCAUCACGUACAGCCAGAGCGACCGCCUGCACCGACGCCUCAGUCUGAGCAGCAUGGGCGGCGCUUCGGACGUGACCAGUAUCGACAACUAUAAGGGCGACGGCAGCUUCGUUGGAGGACACGACGAUGAUGCGGGUUCGACGUUCUCGGCUGCCAUCUCGCAGUCGUCGUUCACCACUUUUUGA